AUGAGGGUUAGCUCUGUCCCACGAAAUCUGGCGGACGAGUUCGCUCCGCUCCGCUCUGACGCGGCGUCUCUCUCCCGUCACUGCCCCAUCUCCCUCCCGUCUCUCCUCUCUGCUGCCCCGUGCCCCAUCUCUCUCCGUGCGGCCGGGCAGGGAACCGCGGGGGCCGGAGCUGCAGCUCGCCGGCGCGGCGCGGACGACGGCAGCGUGCGGGAGCAAGAGCUGCAGCACGGACGCCGGCGGCGCGCGGGAGCAGGAGCUGCAGCAGGGGCUCGCCGGGCGACGCGGACGCCGGCGGCGCGCGGGAGCAGGAGCUGCAGCCGGGGCUCGCCGGGUGACGCGGACGCGGGAGCGGGAGCACGGACGCCAGCGGCGCACGGCGGGGGGGGGGGGCGCUCGCGGGGGCCGGAGUUCGCCGACUGCUCCUGCGGCCACGGCACCGGCGACGGCCACGGCGGAGGAGGCCAUGGCGGCGGCGGCGGCGCGAGGGCGGGGCCGUGGUCGGCCGGCUGGCGGAGGCCGCGGAUGGGGCCGGCGGGCCGAGAGUGUGGCGGCCGGCGGCAAGGCAGGGCCGGCAGGCGAGGUGGGGGCGGCAAGGUGGGCAGGCGCUCGGGCUGA